CGCACAAUUGUUGACACUUCCACAACUUCCGGGUUGUUGCCCGCUGCCAGUUACAUUAUUUCUUGUUUAGAAUCGUCGCGUUACUUCUAUUAUGAGGCAUUAACAUUAACAAACAGAAAUAUGGUGGAUUAAGAAUGAACAUAUUUUUGAGAGAGCGGCACGUUUCUCUGUCGUUCUGGGUUGACCGGUGUUACCUAAACCACCUGCUAAAGGUAGAACUAGUUGGUAACUAGUUAGCAUGUUGCCUUUGCAGAACGCCAGAUGAUAAUAUUAUAGGUAAUUUUAAAAUAGAUAUAUUUGUCCUCGCCAUGACCGGGUUGCGAUGUCGGACGUCGGAUACUUUCGAGGUGGCCAAAGAAGAGGAGGAAGAACCCCGAAGGGCCGUAGAGGAUGAAGAGGCUGAAGAGAACCAACCGAAAGUAGGCGAGCAGGAGGAACUCUGUGAGCAGAAAGUGGAGGAUUCAAACAAACAAGAGUCGACGGACAGAGCACCCAAACGUCCUUCUGCGUUGAAUGCUGUUCAGCGUGUGCUCAGGGUCUUGUUUGGAUGCUUGGCGGCAGUGGCGUGCGGCACGCUGUACGCUGCCUACCUCUCGGCAUUUCACGAGAGGAAGUUCUGGUUCUCCAUGAGGCAGGAAGUGGAGCGGGAACUCACCUUCCAAGGUGGCAGCGCCAUCUACUACUACUACUACAAACACAUGGUGGCGGCGACGUCUUUCAAUAGAGCAUUCUACGAGCUGACGAAGGACGACAGGACCCUGGCGGGACAAACCAUCAACGCCGUGGAGCGUCUGUCUCUGUAUCCUGAAGUCGUCACCAGCUACAUUUACAGAGUCUCGGGCAGUCAGCAGGAUAUGGUGGAACCCGUCUACUUUUACGUGGGCACGGUGUUGGCGCUUCAGGCGGUGUACGCUACGGCGCUGUUCGCCUGCAGCUGGCUGAUGAGUGGCACCUGGGUGGCCGGCAUGCUGACGGUGGCCUGGUACGUCAUCAGCAGACCUGACGCCACCAAAGUGGAGCAGGCGCUUCCUCUGCGAGAGAAUUGGGCUUUGCCGUACUAUGCCUGUCAGGUGGCGGCUCUCACCGGAUUCCUGUCGAAUAACGUUGGCUUGGCUGGUGAGCUAUUAUGCUAUCUCACCUUGAGCGCCACCACGUUCACCUUCCUGCUUGUGUGGGAGCACAGCCACUAUGUGCUCUUCGUCCAAGCCUUGUGCCUUUUCCUUAUGGACUCCUUGGACCUGGUGCCGCCUCGAAAGCUCUCUGACAUCCACAAGUUGUACGUCAGCUCCUUGCUACUGGCCUCCUUCUUCCAUUUUCACAACACGGCACCCCUGGUCUCACCGCUGCUCAGCCUCCUGAUCGGCUCCGGGCUGGCGAGCAGGGGUUUCCAGAUGAAGAAGGGCCCCCUGGUGGCCAGAGUCAUGAAACUUUGCUUUCAUUUCCACCUGGUCUUCUCCACGAGCAUCACCGUCAACUAUUUAAUCAAGAAAGUCGUGCCUGUAAGUAAAGGUGAAUUCAUACUGAAGUUCUUGGAGAUGAAGUUUGGGCUCAAUACGACAAACGAUUUUGUGAGCAACUUGCUGGUGUGCCAAGAGAGUCUUCAGUCUCCCGGUCAGGAUUUGUACCUUCGCCUCACUCAGUCGUCCAUCCUGCCUUUCUACCUGCUCGUGCUCGCCGUUUGCGUGGUGUCCGCGCUGCAGGCCGUUUACACCAGACUCAGUGGUCAACCGACGCAGAAUAAUGAGCGGCGGCCGCAGGACGGAUACGUGGGGGAGCGUCCCGAGGUCGUCUACCACGUCUUUCACACGCUGAUUUUCGGUAGCCUGACGCUGCUCUUCGACGGGAUGAAAUACUUCUGGACGCCGUACGUGUGCGCGUUUGCGGCGUUUGGCGUGUGCUCACCGGAUCUCUGGAUGACCGUCUUUAGGUGGCUAAGGGUCAAGUCUGUCCACCCUGUUGUACUGUCGUUAAUCCUGAGCAUCGCCGUUCCGACGAUCAUCGGCUUCAGCUUGUGGCGUGAGUACGGCCACCGCAUCCUGACUGACCUGUCCGAGCUUGGGGAGUUUUACGACCCAGACACAGCCAAAUUGAUCGGCUGGAUCCGGACUCACCUUCCAGCAGCGACUGUGUUUGCGGGCAGCCCUCAGCUCCUGGGAGCCAUCAAGUGUGGCUCCGACGCCGCCGUCACCAGUUUGCCGCUGCACUCGGAUCUAGACAUGCUGAGGUGGAGUGAAGACACCUACCAGGUAUACUCUAUGCGCUCCGCCGAAGAGGUCUACAAGAUCCUGACCUCCCGCAAGGCAAACUAUGUGAUCGUGGAGGAGUCUCUGUGCAACAAUUUCAACCUGGACCAGGGCUGCCGCAUCAAGGACCUGCUGGACGUCGCCAACGGACAUGUAAUUCAGGACAAUGGCAAGAUGUACGCCUUCUCCAGACACCGCCGUUUCUGCCACGAAAUCAAAACCAACCUCUCGCCAUACACCAACUACUUCACCCGCGUCUUCUGGAACCGCUCCUACCACGUCUACAGAAUCAACACGGUCAUUUCGUUCCAGUAUUAACGGGAAACGGCAGGACUUGAGGUUUUUUUUUUUGUUCUAGUUUGCACUUUGUCCUCACUGGUAAGACAAUUCGUGCACUAAUAGAAUGACAGUCUUACUCGUAAUGUUCAAGUGGAUUUCCAAAGAAGCGGAUCUUUGUGUACUGAAAUAUGCCAUAAUGCUGUUUGUCCUAAAAAUGUACUCUCUUUGACUGACCACACACACACACACACACACAAACACACACCAGUCGGAGUGAGAACAUUGUUGUACUGUAAUUUAUAAAAAUGUGCAUUUACUGUUACUGUCUGCUGAAACUCAUUGGAGUUCCUGGGAUGCCAAUAUUGUCUCAGGCCAUACAGUAAUCGUGUUCACGCAACGUGAAUAUGAUGAUUUUUGCUGCAUCUUUUGGUAAAGAAACAACUCUUUGUUGCAUUAGUAGUGCCUCAAUAAAGUGAAUCUGUGUGUUUUGGGGGGGGGGUGUUUUUUUUUUGUUUUUUGUUUUUCCUCAUGCAUCUCUCGUUUCUCGUACCUUGUUGGGAAAAGCUUUUGUUCAACCAUUUUUUUGUAUCUGCUUUUUGUCCUUUCCACGUCUUCAAGCUUUUGUCCAAAUAAAAUUACUUUUUUUUGUUUGAGCUAGUG